AUGGCGAUGAAGUACUUGUUCCUAGCAAUUACUGUGAUUAUUGCAGCGCAUUAUUGCAGUUCUUUAACAGUGGAUGGUGGAGAUACGCUUCUGUUGAGGGAUUCCCUCACUGGAAAUCAGACCAUAAUGUCAAAGAAUGGCAUGUUUGCAUUAGGAUUUUUCAGUACGAGACGGACGAAUAAUCGUUACAUUGGCAUCUGGUAUGCACAAAUCCCUGAGAAGACCAUAGUUUGGGUGGCUAACAGAGACAAUCCUGUCAGAAGCAUGUCCGGCGUUCUGCAAUUUUCGAGCGAUGGUCAUCUCAGAUUGUUUGAUGGAAAGGGCUUGCCAGUUUGGUCGACUGAUAUUGGCCUGAAAGGAUCGCGGGCAGUGAUAACGGACACUGGCAAUUUCAUUAUGCUGAGUGAUGGCUACAACAAAUCUGAGAUUGUUUGGGAGAGUUUUGCGCAUCCGGGAGAUACAUGGUUGCCUGGCAUGAAAUUCUGGAACGGAAUGACGCUAACUUCAUGGAAGAGUUCUUCAGAUCCUGCAAUUGGGUUCCUCUCUUUUGGAAUCGUCAUGUCUCCUGAAAAGACUGAGAUGGUGACGGUCUAUAACAAGACUGUUCCGUUCUGGUCCACUGGAGAAUGGACUGCUACUUAUUUUACCAACAUUCAUGAGUUGCAAGGUGACAAGACAAUUCAAAUAUCCCCUUCGAAGAUAUCUCCUUCAAGCAUAUUCUUCAAUUUCAGGUUAGAACAGAACCUGGUGGGGCGGAUCGUGAUACAAGAUAAUGGCAUAAUAGGUCUCUACUACUUGAUGGAAGAUAAGACAUGGAAUUUGAUGUGGUCAACACGAGGAGGCCAAUGCAGUGCUUAUGAUAUCUGUGGGGCGUAUGGAGUGUGUUAUCCCAAUGAAGUGUGUGGUUGUGUUGAUGGCUUCACCAAGUCCAAGAACGAGUCUCAUGUUUGGCAGUCAAGCGGCUGUGAAAGGCGAACACCUCUACACUGCUCUGCCACAGAGGGCACCGCCGAUGGAUUCUUUGAAGAAAAGAAGAAAUACUUGCCCCACAAAGAAGCUGUCUUAAUCAACAACGAGACACUACAGCAAGGCUGCCGGACUGCUUGUCUCAACAAUUGCUCCUGCACAGCCUUUGCUUUUUCUGUUUCUGAUCCACCCAUCUGUAGAUUGUGGUUUGGGGAAUUGUUCGGAAUGCGUGAUGAUUCAUCUGCGGGCCAGUCUGUUUUCAUUAGGCUGGCUGCAUCUGAGUUACGCCGCUCGACAUCAAAGGGAAGCAGGAAAGCCCAUGCUCAUAGCAGUUUACUUCCUGCUACGGGCGCUGCUGCAGCUGUUGUUUUAGCUUUCCUGUUGGUCGGAUUUCUUCUGUGGAGAUGUCGAAGACAGCCCAAGAAAAGCGUUGAAGAGGACGUGCCAACUUCGCUGAAAUCAUUCACUUACAAAGAGUUGCGAAGUGCAACCCAGAAUUUCAAGCAUAAGCUGGGUAGCGGAGCAUUCGGUUCUGUUUACAAAGGAACUCUGCCAGACAACACGCUUGUAGCUGUUAAAAGAUUAGAAGGUUCUGGACAAGUAGAAAAGCAAUUCCGGGCUGAAAUAAGCACCAUCGGGAGAAUACAGCAUGUGAAUUUGGUGAGGCUCUGGGGAUUCUGCGUUGAAGGCUCUCGAAGGCUUCUUGUGUAUGCUUACAUGCCCAAUGGCUCUCUAAAGUCUUUUCUCUUCUGUAAAGAUGAAGAGGUAGAGAAGGUGUUGGAUUGGAAGACUCGGUUUGAGAUCGCACUGGGCACUGCACGAGGAUUAGUUUACCUCCAUGAAGAAUGCAGGGAUCGCAUCAUUCACUGCGAUAUUAAGCCUGAAAACAUUCUGUUGGAUGGCGACUUCAGCCCCAAGGUGGCCGAUUUUGGGCUGGCAAAGCUGGUGGGCAGAGAUUUCAGCCGCGUACUGACGACCACAAGAGGAACUCGAGGGUAUUUGGCUCCUGAGUGGAUAUCUGGCCUUCCCAUCACUCCCAAGGCGGAUGUAUUCAGUUUUGGCAUGACUUUGCUGGAAAUUAUAUCUGGGCGAAGAAAUCUUGAGCUGAAUGUAGAGGAGAGCAGAUUCUACUUUCCUACCUGGGCUUCGUCUCAAAUUCAGAGAGGAAACAUAAUAGGUGUUGUGGAUGCAAAGAUAGCGAAUGAGGUGGAUAUUGAAGAGGUAGGAAGAGCCGCUAUGGUGGGGAUGCUGUGCAUUCAAGACGAUGAGAAUAGGAGGCCGAGCAUGAGGGAAGUAGUGAAGAUAUUGGAAGGUACAAUGGAGGCUCCUGCGCUACAAAUUCCAAGGUCUUUAGUGGUUCAGGUAGAUCAGGUGGACGACGAAGAAGACAGCGACAGCUUCCAGUUCACUUCAGCAAGCAAAACAACGGGCUCGCGAGCAGCAAUUACUAUCAGUAUUUCUCUGCGUAAUUGCUGUGCUCUAACCCUAGAUGCUGGAGAUACACUUCGACUGGGGGAUUCGCUCACUGGAAAUCAGACCUUAAUUUCCAAGAAGGCCAUUGUUUGGGUGGCUAACAGAGAGAAUCCUGUCAGAAAUAUGCCAGGCAUUCUGAAAUGCACCAGUCUCUCAGAAGGGCCAUUGUUUGGGUGGCUAACAGAGAGAAUCCUGUCAGAAAUAUGCCAGGCAUUCUGA